UUGAGGCUGGGGCCAGGCAAGGGUGGCAGGAGCCUGCAGGAGUCAGCUGCUCUGGAGUGCCCGGAUUUCACAGGCAGCGCCUGCAGCCUGCUAGCCUGGGUUCAGCUCUGGACAUUGCUUGCAGCCCUUCCCCACUUGCACUCUAGCCAGACUCUUUUGAAGGACUCUUGCUGAGUGGGUGACCCAGCCAUAGAACUGGUGCUUCCCGCUGCCUGGGACCCUGUGUCCCUGGGUCUCCCUGUGCUCCCAGCAUGACAGAAAAUAUUGAUUUCGACUACUAUGGACUGGACAACCAGUCCGACUGCGAGUACACAGACUGGAAGCCUUCGGGGUCGCUCAUUCCUGUCAUCUACAUGCUAGUCUUCCUGCUGGGCACCACAGGCAAUGGACUGGUGCUCUGGACCGUGUUCAGGACCAGUCGUGAGAAGCGGCGCUCGGCUGAUGUCUUCAUUGCUAGCCUGGCUGUGGCUGACCUGACCUUCGUGGUGACCUUGCCUCUGUGGGCUACCUACACGUACCAGGAGUACGACUGGACCUUUGGCACAUUUGCUUGCAAGCUCAGCAGCUAUCUUGUCUUCGUCAACAUGUAUGCCAGUGUCUUCUGCCUCACCGGCCUCAGCUUCGACCGCUACCUGGCCAUCGUUCGGCCGGUGGCCAAUGCCCGGCUGCGGCUGAGGGUGAGCGGGGCCAUGGCCAUGGCGGUCCUUUGGGUGCUGGCCGCCCUGCUGGCCACGCCUGUUCUAAUCUUCCGAGCCACGGGCGACAUGGAUAAUAGCACCCAUGUGCAGUGCUACAUGGACUACUCGCUUGUGGCCACCACUAACUCAGAGUGGGCCUGGGAGGUGGGUCUGGGCGUGUCGUCCACCACCGUGGGCUUUGUGGUGCCCUUCACCGUCAUGCUCACUUGCUACUUCUUCAUCGCUCUGACCAUCGCAGGCCACUUUCGCAAGGAGCGAAUCGACGGGCUCCGCAAACGCCGGAGGUUGCUUAGCAUCAUCGUGGUACUGGUGGUCACCUUCGCCCUGUGCUGGAUGCCUUACCACCUGGUGAAGACCCUCUACAUAUUGGGCAAUGUGUUGCAAUGGCCCUGCGACUUCGACCUCUUCCUCAUGAAUGUCUACCCCUACUGUACCUGCAUCAGCUACAUCAACAGUUGCCUCAAUCCCUUCCUCUAUGCUUUCUUCGAUCCCCGCUUUCGCAAGGCUUGUACGUCCAUGUUGUGCUGUGGCCAUCGGGGCCGCUGCGGGGUGGUCUCACAUAGCAGCAGCGGGGACAAGUCUGGCAGCUUCUCCUCCGGCCACAGCCAGGGCCCUGGGCCCAACUCUGGGAAGGGUGGGGAGCAGACACAGGAGAAAUCCAUCCCCUACAGCCAAGAGACGUUGGUGGUUGACUAGGGCUGGCAUUGGAGAGAAAAGGGGGUGGGGUGCCCUUUGCUUUGGCCAGGCUCUUUGGGAGUCAGGGAGACAGCAUGGAACCUUCUCCCUUGCACUUGACCCUUCCUAGCACCUGACUCCUUAAACACCCCCCCCCCCCUUUCUGGCUUGCUCCCCUCCUUUAGUCUUGCUCAGAGCUGGGUU